UUGUAAGUUAUUAUUAAUUUUCAGAAAUACACUGGUGAAAAUGAUUCAGAAUGUCUUCAGAAGUUGUACAUUUAAUGAACUAGAAUGGAGUAAUGAUGCACAUUCCUUUAAGUUAAAGCAAUGUUGUGUACACAAAAUUUACAUUUGAACCAGCGAGCUUAAAGAUUGUGGGGGGGGGAAAACUGCGUUAUUAUAGAGGCCGCAUGAUGUCAGUAUAACAGAACCAACAAAGCAUCGCGUUUUCUUUCAGUGAUUUUGUUUCAGUCUGUCAAUGCCCUCAUCAUUUUGAUGUUACCACUGCGGUUGUUCCCGAGCCUACUGCUGCCUUUUGUGGAUUUUUCUCCACGCUUCAUGUGAGAAUACAUGGAUAUUGUCUUACCGACAACUGCAAAGCCAAAUCACUUAUUUUAAGUGAGUUGCAGUGCUUUGUGGAUUAACAAUGGAACGAGGAAAAUUCGAGGCGCGACUGGGAAAAGGAUGCAUAACCCGAUUUGCGGUUGCUGUGCUUUUACUGAGUGUAACAUCUGCACAACUGAGGUAUUCUAUUUCUGAGGAAGUUAACGAUGGGACUGCGGUUGGAAAUUUAGUCAAAGAUUUGGGUUUAGAUAAAAGCACUCUGAAGAGCAGAAAGUAUCGUGUUGUUUCUGGAGGCGCGGAUCCCCUUUUCCACGUAAACGAAAGCGAUGGCGUCCUAUAUGUAACCCGAAGAAUUGAUAGAGAAGAGGUGUGCGCUCAAAGUAGCGUGUGUCUAAUAAAUGUUAAAACUGUGUUAGAGACGCCCCUUGAGGUGCACAACAUUGCGGUGGAGGUGCUGGACAUAAAUGACCACUCGCCAAAUUUCUCUGAAGCAGAAAAAAUCCUGGAGAUUUCAGAGUCUGCGUUGCCCGGAGCACGAUUUCAGCUUAAACCUGCACGGGAUCUAGAUAGCGGUCAGCUUUCGAUUCAGCAGUAUAAACUUAGCCAAGACGAUCACUUUCGAUUAGAAGUGAGAGAUAAAGAAGACGAUGGGAAAAUACCAAUAUUGGUUUUGAAAAAAUCACUGGAUAGAGAAGCAGCGAGAAGCCACUCCUUACUACUGACCGCGUUAGACGGGGGGAAACCUCCAAAAUCAGGGGAUAUGAAAAUUAUUGUAAAUGUUUUGGAUGUAAAUGAUAAUGCACCAAUCUUCUCAAUGAAUGUUUACUCCGUUACUCUUACUGAAAAUGCUCCUUUGGGAAGCACAGUUGUACAGGUAAAUGCAACUGAUUUGGAUGACGGUCAGAAUGGAGAGAUAGUUUUUUCGUUUGGAAACAGUGUGAGUAGCAAUAUAUUCAGUAUUUUUGAUAUAAACGAAUCUACAGGGCAAAUAACUGUAAAGGGACUUUUAGAUUACGAGCAAAAAGAAAAAUAUGAAAUUGAAAUUCAAGCAUCUGAUAAAGGUUUAGCUCCGUUAACUGUAGAAAAAAACGUGAUAAUUAAGAUAAUUGACGUAAACGAUAAUGCACCUGAGAUUGAGAUAACUUCAUUUUCCAGUUCAAUCCCUGAAGAUUCUCGACCGGGAACAACAGUAGCUCUUAUUAGUGUUAAUGACUUGGACUCAGGUUUAAAUGGAAAAGUGAUCUGCUCAAUCGGCGAGGAUGCUCCAUUUUCGUUAAUGUCAUCCAUGCAAGAUAAUAUGUUUUCACUUGUAACUAAAUCCCMUUURGACAGAGAGGACACGUCACAUUAUGAGCUGACAAUAACUGCAAAAGAUUCGGGUCAGCCUUCAUUAUCAUCGGUAAAGACAAUCAACGUUGAGGUGUCAGAUGUGAAUGACAACMRWCCAGAGUUUUUGCAAAGCCCGUACACUUUCUAUAUCACUGAAGGUAACGAGGUAGGAGCUAAGGUAUUUUCUGUCAAAGCUUUUGACAAGGAUGAAAGUAACAACGCGAUUAUUUCUUAUCAUAUUUUGAGAGAGGCACAAGAAGAU